UUUUCUCGGAAGUAUAUACAUUUGUCAUAAUUUAGAAUCUGAUAAAUAUUAUUUCGAUUAAUCAUUUUUUUUCCCUCGAUCAAUUCCGUAAUCUCUCCAAAGGAAAUGAACGCUCAGUUGAAUUCUACACCGAAUUUUAUUCAAGAGAACGCCGCCGGAAGUGAUUCCGACUCGAACCCUGACGAUUCGCCGGAAUAUUACGAGCCAAUCUCUUCCACCGCUGAUGAAGACGAUGUGCAUAUCUCCGAUCAGAUUCCUAAUCAUGUUCAGAACUCCGAUGAUGAAGAGUGCGACGAAUCUAGUUAUUUUCAUCGCCUCCCUAAUGGCUAUGCAAAUUGCGUAGAGAACGGGAUAUCAUCACUGGAUCUAAGUGACGAGGAUGGUGAAUAUAAGAGUGAGGUUGAAGAAGAGGUGGAGGCGGAGGAGGAGAGAAUGAGAGCGGUGUCUGAUAUUGCUGUACGGAGAGCGUUCAGAGAGGACGAGAGCCGUCGCAACACUCCAUUGACGGCGGAGAAUGCAACGAGAGUAAUGGAAGCCAUGCGUAGGAUUUCUUUUGGUGGAGUCGCUCCUGAUUGGACCAGCCAAGUUCCGGAGGAUCAGUGGAUCGAUCAUCUACAAAGAUUGAGAAGACCACCAACUACUACCUCGACGAACUGAAACCGAUUUGCCAUUAAUUAGGAACAAAGGAUGCAAUGCAGAAAAUGCCAUCGGCAGUCCAGUUACUGAUCAUGAUAAUGUCUUGAUUGGCAUUGUUACCUUACAUGGAUUGGGUCUCAGCAGGCUUGUGAAGUUCUUGCCAUUAUCACCCACUAGUUAUUGAUUCUUUUUGUAUACUGUUGGGUUUCUUACCCUAUAUUCUUAAGCUUAUGCUAUUUUUUCCUGUAUUAAGAUGAAUAGUCACCUCAUUAGACUUUUCGAUUGGGCUUAGAGUUAGCUCUGCACCCCCUUUUCAGGUCCACUCUUUUCCCACUGUUGUGUAUGUAACCCAUUUGGACCUGUUGCGACGAGAGAGUGCAUGGUUACGUUGAUCCUCUGUUCUUUGGAUCUUUGCAUAAUCGAGUUGAAAUUUGGUUUUGAUUGAAUGUACUUGGAUUUACGCAAAUACAGUUUCAUAGCAACCACUAGAUUGCUGAGACUGGCUUUUCUUUGACAUUGUUUAU